ACACGACGAAUCUUUAGUCAUCAAAUUAGGGUUUCAUAUUAUCUGCGCCUCUUUCUCUGUCGAUUUCGAACUUAAGGUUUCUCACCGAGAGAGAGUAUCAUGGGUCACUCCAACAUCUGGAACUCGCAUCCCAAGAAUUAUGGCCCUGGUUCACGCACCUGCCGCGUGUGUGGAAACCCGCAUGGGUUGAUCCGGAAAUAUGGUCUGAUGUGUUGCCGGCAGUGCUUCCGUAGUAACGCUAAGGAAAUUGGGUUCAUUAAGUACCGCUGAUGAUACAUGGACGGCAAAGGGCUCAAAGUGAAGUUCUUGUGACGUCGCAAGACAAAUUAGAGAAUUUGUUGGUUUUAAGAUGAACGCCUUCUCUUCAAAUUUUGUUUUUGAGUUUCGUUUCUCUUUAGACAAAUAGAUUAUGUUGCUAUAAAUGUUACUGCAUUGAAAGUACUUGAAUAUCAAUUUCGUUCCUUUUUGCAUGGAUGUGGGAUACAAACUCCUUUCUCUG